CGUUUCUUUUGUUUACUUCGGUGUUUUUAAAAAAGGUUACUUAGAAUUUUGAAAAAUAUAAAAAUGAUAUGUGUUUUACCAGGGAAUAAUGCAAGAAUAUUUGCGAAAGCAAUUAAUACAGUCGCGAAAUUUGGGGAUUUAUAUUUUGAGCCCGAAGCUGAUGGACUAUCGUUGAAAUCAAUUAAUUAUACAAAAUCUGCUUAUAUUACAUUUAAAUUUUUGGAUAGCUUUUUCUCUGAUUAUGAAUAUGAAAAUUUAAGUCAAAAUAUCUUUGAUGGGAAGUGUAAAGUAUCAAUCAAAACAUUUUUAGGAAUUUUCAAAAAUAUGAAACAAGUUGACCAAUGCAAAAUAUCAAUUGAUUCGGAAGCCGAAAAGUUAAUAAUAGAAUUUAAUUGCAAGCUAGAUACCAAAAAGAAAUAUAUAGUUUCUAUAUUGGAUGUCGAAGUGCUUCAACCGGGUAGUAUUGGAAACAUUGACAAGCGAAAUAGAAUCUGUGGGUCAACGAAAAUAUUUUCUGAUAUUUCGAACAAUUUUCAAAUGCAAGAAGAUGAAAUAACUAUGGUAGCUGAAUCUAAUCGUUUGAUAGUUAAAAAUUACAUAGAUGGUCAGGUAAUUGAUCCAAAAUUUAUGAGAUCACAAUUAAAGCUGAAAGGAGAAGAAUUUGAUGUUUAUUCCAUUAAAAAGGAGUGUUCUAUAACUUAUUGUUUAAGAGAAUUUAGAGCUUUACUUCAUUUCGCAGAAUCUUUAAAUAUUGAUAUUUCAGUGUUUUUCGAAGAAGCUGGAAUGCCUGUUGUUUUCAAAAUUGCAAAUUUAUCAGUGUUUGAAGCUACACUGUUUAUGUCUACUUUAUCACCCGAUGAUAUAUCGAUGAUAGAUGAGGAUGUGAACAAAUCAAACACAAGAAAUAUAUCUCUAAAAGAAAAUAACGUGAAUAACAAGUCGCAAAACCAAAAUGAAAAUUUACGAAAAAAAUCAUUAACAGACACUGUUAGUUUAGAUGAUGAAAAUGAUAUUACUGAUGAUAUCUUAAUGGACAUAGAUUUAGAAAGUACAAUAAAAAAUCAUUCUCAAAAAGAACAAAACAGUGCUAGAAAUGACACAUCAAAAAAUGACGCUGCAAGGAAUCAAAAAUCGACAAGAGUCAGUAAUUUUCCUCCACCUGUGACUUUAAACAUAAGUGAUGAUGAUUCUGUCACUUUUAUCGAUACUGAAAUUCAAGAAGAUUGUAUUCCUGCGUCCCCGCCUAGUAAAAAACUCAAGAAAUUAUUUAGAAGAUGUUUCGAACCAACAUACUUACCGUCAGAUUCCGACACAGUUUUGGCUGUAGAUUCUGACCCAGAAUGUUUUUGAUGUAUUCUUUCAGGGAUUAACAACUAAUAAUGCUAUUUUUAUUGUUAUGGAUAUUGUUUAAUAGAUAUAUAUUUAAUGUAUAUAAAUCAUGCAUUUAAAUUUAUACACAUACAAAAGAUUCA